AUGAGCGGCCUCGUCAACGGGGUAAAGGUGUCGGCCGAUGACCCGAACCGUGUGGUUACCGUUACCGCCCACGAGGGAAAGACGGGCCAGGAGAUGACUAUUACCUACACCAACUACAAGGUUGUCGGUAACGGAAGCUUUGGUGUCGUGUUCGCCGCUAAGAUGUUGCCUACAAAGUUGGCCGACGGAACCGAUGUCCCAGAACAGGAGAUUGCAAUCAAGAAGGUCUUGCAGGACAAGCGGUUCAAAAACCGUGAGCUCCAGAUCAUGCGCCUCGUCUCCCACCCCAACGUUGUCGACCUCAAGGCCUUCUUCUACUCGAACGGUGACAAGAAGGACGAAGUCUACUUGAACCUCGUUCUCGAGUUUGUCCCCGAGACCGUGUACCGGUCGCUGCGCUACUACACCAAGCUCAAGCAGAUUGUGCCGAUGCUCCAGGUCAAGCUCUACAUGUACCAGCUCCUGCGGUCGUUGGCCUACAUCCACUCGGUCGGCAUCUGCCACCGCGACAUUAAGCCUCAGAACUUGCUUCUCAACCCCAACACUGGCAUCUUGAAGCUGUGCGACUUUGGCUCGGCCAAGAUCCUCGUUGGUGGCGAGCCAAACGUUAGCUACAUCUGCUCGCGCUACUACCGCGCCCCCGAGCUCAUCUUUGGUGCAACCAACUACACGACCAACAUCGACAUCUGGUCGACUGGAUGCGUCAUGGCCGAACUCAUGCUGGGCCAGCCACUUUUCCCCGGAGAGUCUGGGAUUGACCAGCUCGUUGAGAUCAUCAAGGUCCUCGGAACGCCGACCCGCGAGCAGAUCAAGACGAUGAACCCGAACUACAUGGAGCACAAGUUCCCCCAGAUCAAGGCUCACCCCUUCCACAAAGUGUUCCGUCCUCGCACCUCACCCGAUGCCAUUGACCUCAUCUCCCACCUCCUCGAGUACACGCCCACUGCCCGUCUCACCGCCCUCGAGGCCCUCGUGCACCAGUUCUUCGACGAGCUGCGAACGGAGGGCUCUCGUCUCCCGAAUGGCAAGGAGAUGCCUGCCCUCUUCAACUUUACGCGGGAGGAGCUGUCGACGCGGCCCGACCUCAUCCACCGGCUGGUCCCCAAACACGCCGAGGCCGAGCUGCGUUCCCGUAACAUCGACGUCGACAACUUUGUGCCCAUUCCGUUGGAGCAGCUGCGCAUCAGCCUCGACUGA